UUGUCCAGCACGUGUAGCGAUCAAGCGACUCACAUGUUGUCCCUCGCUGUAAAGUGACGCGGUUGAAGAAAGGAAGAGCAUAUAAGUCCCAAAAUUUCCCCAAGGCUUUAGUUUAUACGAACACGACGUCGGCAUACAAUCUUUUUAAGGAAAAAGUAUAGAUAAAUAGUUUUGUGUGUACGAAUAGUGCGUCAAGGACUUAAUAGUGUAACUAGCUGGGCAGUGGUACCGACCCAGAAAACGAUUCACCAACAAGUAAUGCUGUCACCGGUAAGUCCUUCCAUAUGGCAAGUGCAAGACUCCCUCUCCUCCACCUCCAGUCACCUGUACAGUGAGAAUGACCAGACAGAAGAUGAAUCUGAGGUGUUCUUUUCGGAGGGCGAGGGUCCCGGCAGUGUGCCCGAUUCCAAACCAUGUGCGUUAGGGAAAGAGAGUCGUCGAACUUCGGGAUCACCUCUAACGUUUGUCAACCAGAGAGGCGUUUGUGUUGAAAAUGGUCGGACUGGAUCUCCAGCUUACAUCUGUCAGACCUCAGCAUCCCCUAAAAGGAUUCCUACAGAGGGAGAUUUGAGGUUUGCUCGCAAAUGUUCAGAACUGCGUGGGUAUAUCAGGCCUCUAUUGGAGCUUUUAAAUGGAUUGAAAACAGGUCGAUUUGAAAAAGGUUUGAACACAUUUCAGCAGAGUACUGCCAUGGAUAGACUGCGAAAGAUUCUGGGGGUUUUGCAGAGACCUGACCUUGGGGAGAAGUAUAUGGGGACUCUUCUACAGGUGGAGGUGAUGUUGAAGGUUUGGUUCCCUCAGGUGGUACCUCAGCAUCAUGAUGAAACUUCUUCACUCCACAAUCCUAUUGCAAGUGUACCACCACGCUGGAAUCAAGACCAGUUACAUAUUCCUGUGAAGAAACGCAGAUUAAGCUGGACAGACUCCGACUCCCAAAGUUCUUCAAGCAGCAAACGUUUUCACGAAGAGGAACGAGGACAAACCCUCAGUGACAGCAGCUUGUGGGUGAGCGCCUCUGAAACCACAUCCAGUGACCUUGAAGACGACAAUGCAAUGUGUGCAAACCAAAAAGAACUAAUUGAAAACAGCAGAAAGACAGACUCUUUAAACAUGACCUCUGCUACAGGAACACCGGGAAAACUGCUUCCACCCGCAGACAGAGAUGGCAGCCAUUUGGGUAUGCAAGACUGUUCGGUCUCCUCCACGACUCCUAUUUCCGACUCGCAAGUAGAAUUAGAGAUGGGUAACAAAGAAGAAGCGAUUGCAACACAGGGCCACAGUAAAUCUGUGAAAGGGGAGGGGCAAGAAAAACAAGUUAAUAGCAAAUCUUAUCCCACAGCAAUGUCAAGCACAUAGCAUUAAAGAGUUUCCGUGCCUAAGGGAAUGAAUGAAUUGAAUUAGCAUUUUUUUCCUGUUGAUGUCAGGAAAUGUUUUUUUUAAAAUGUUCAGAUUUUUUUUAUUUAAACUUAAACAUAUCUUUUUUUUAAACUGUUAAGAUUGUACACGUCCUGAAAGUCCAGUACAGUGUCUUGCAGUAUAUGCUUAAGUUGUGCGCUGACAUGCACAGCUACACUUUCUACACUGCCUUGUAUAAUAACAGACUGCCGCAAUAGCUCUCUCGUAUAUUAAACAUACAACCAGAAAGCCAGACGUAUGCAACGUACGUCCUGAAGCCUGAACACACCACGAGUCGAAAUCUACCUGAGCGUUCUUUCACUUGAAUGAAAAAACACUGAACACACGAUGAAUUGAAAAUGCAUUGGGUUGGAUGAUAUUUUCAAGGCAGUUUUAUUUAUUGGGUCAUUACUUGAAGCCAGUGAAUUCACCUGAACAGCCUUAAAAUGACCCAUGUAAGUCAGGAUUGUGGACUGAAUUUGGAUAAUAUUAUUUAUUUAUUAAGAAGUUAUCUCGGGAACAUCAAACAUUGUCAUACUUGGAUGCAUAAUGUCUGAUUUUAAGAGAGCAAAUGGUCAUUUAUUUGAAUACAUUUGCCAAAAACAGUUUGCACAUUUGUAUUGUAAUGCUUCCAUGUUCAACUUCCAUAAUACUUGGACUAUAAGACACUUGCACAGUUGCUUUGGUUUUACUCGCAUUCAUUUAAAAUUUUGUAACUUUUUGUAAAUUUAAAAGUUAUCUGUUUAAGUUAAUGAGUUUGUUGGGUUUUACACACUGUAAAGAUCACACUGCAACAAAGAUUACAUUUUUAUUAAGCUAUUUAGAGGCGAAAAUCACAUUAAAGGACAGUAUUUAGUAA